GAAGAAGAAGAAGAAGAAGAUCCCCACCUAUGGCCAUGGAUGACCAUGAUCGAGAUGAUACACCCCACACUGGCCUUUCUCUUACGCUGAGUUAUGAUGGGAGAAGCGAUCUCUCGAUCGGUAGUCGUCCCCAUUCGAGCUCUGGACUCGAGCUGCAAAGAUCUUCUUCGACUCCCAAGGCACUUGAGCCCUCUCUCACCCUCGCACUCCCCGGCGACGUCUGUGCCUCGGUGGAAGUUGAGAUGGGUAGAGAUAUUGGUAGCAGGCACUCUCCUCCUCCUCAGAGUCAUCAUCCCUGCAAGAUUAAGAGGGAGGACGAUGUAAGGAGCGAGGAGGUGGAAAAGGUUUCGUCCCGGAUCAGCGACGAGGAGGAGGAAGACAGCGGUGCUAGGAAGAAGCUCAGGCUCACCAAGGAGCAGUCUUCCCUUUUGGAAGACAAGUUUAAGGAGCACAGCAGUCUCAAUCCGAAACAAAAGCAAGCUCUGGCUAAGCAGCUGAACCUUCGGCCUCGGCAGGUGGAAGUGUGGUUCCAGAACAGGAGAGCAAGGACCAAGCUCAAGAAAACGGAGGUGGAGCUGGAGUUCCUCAGGCGAUGUUGCGAGACGCUGACGGAGGAGAAGAGGAGGCUGCAGAAGGAGCUGCAGGAUCUCGAGAAUUCGCAUAAGCUGUCGGCGACGAGGCACAUGCAAAUCCCGGCGAUGUGUCCGUCGUGCAAGAAGGUCAUCGGCGGCGCUGAGACUGGUUCUCCCUUGCCGGCCUCGACGCCUCGCUUCUUCAACCCCUUCGCCCACCACGCAGCAUGACUGCUGUUAUAUGCGGAUCCCCCCUUGUCGGCAUAUAAUAGUAUUUGGUUUUGCUUCAGGUGAUACUGUUGUCAUCAAUUUAGAUAUAUAAACCAUGAUGGUGAAUGCUCUCUCUCUCUCUCUCUCUCUCUCUCUCUCUCUAAGACACAAAAACCCUAUACAUUGAUGUCAUGUGAGUGGUUUUGAAUGAGCUCAUUUUCUGCUGAAUGAACACUGUAUUUAUUUUGUUCUGCUCAAAAGAUGUAUUUCUUAUGAAUUACGUCUAAAGAUCUAUUUCUGCUCAAAAAAAGUGUGCUCAAGACAUCA